UGUCUUUAUCAAGCACACAGGAGACAAAACGUUUCAAUGCUCGGACUGUGGGAAGAGCUGUGAAACAAAAAGCCAGUUGCUUGCACAUAUGAAGAUGCACACAGGGGGAAACCCACUUAGAUGCACCAUCUGUGCAAAGAGCUUCUCUCAGAACGGAGACCUCUCUAUUAAUGAGAGAAUCCACACAGAAGACAAAAGGUUUGUGUGCUCAGGAUGCAGUAAAUCCUGCCCCAACAACACUGAACGUGGAUGUCCCCAACCCCAGAUAGAGGAGGAACCAUAUAAAUGUUUAGACUGUGGGAGAUCCUUCACUUUGAACUCUGACUUUCGUAAGCAUCACAGAACCCACACGGGAGGGAAACCACAUAAAUGCCCAGACUGUGGCAAGACUUUUGAUAAGAAAUUUAAGCUAGUGACGCAUGUGAGAAUCCAUACUGGGGAGAAACCUUUUAAGUGUUUGGACUGUGGGAAAAGCUUUGCUCAGAAGGGAAACCUUGUGGUUCAUGAGAGGAGCCAUACUGGGGAGAAACCAUACAAGUGCUUGGAUUGCGAGAAGUCCUUCAGUGUGAAUGCAGACCUUAUUAGACAUCACAGAAUACACACAGGGGAAAAGCCAUUCAAAUGCCCAGAGUGUGGGAAAUUCUUCAGGACACACUCUGAAAUGUUCAGACAUCAGAGAACUCACCCAGGAAACAAACCAUACGACUGCUGGGACUGUGGCAAAACCUUCAGUCAGGAAGCCCACCUCGUGGCACACCUGAGAAUCCACACUGGGGAGAAGCCCUACAAAUGCCCAGACUGUCGGCAAAGCUUUGCCCAGAAAGGGAACCUUAUUCUUCAUCAGAAGACCCACAUGGAAGAGAAGCCGUAUAAAUGCUUGGACUGUGGGAAAUCCUUCCGUGCAAAAUCUAAGCUCAUAGAGCAUCAGAGGCUUCACACCGGGGAGAUGCCCUAUGAUUGCUCAGACUGUGGCAAAAGCUUCAGCCGGAAAGGGAGCCUCCUUGCCCACAUGCACUUCCAUUCCGGGAAGAAGCCGUAUGAAUGCUCCAUUUGUGGGAAAUCCUUCAUUAUGAACUCCGAUCUCCUUAGACAUCAGAGAACUCACACCGGAGAGAAACCGUACAAGUGCUCAGAUUGCGAUAAAAGCUUUAGUCGGAAAGACGGCCUGCUCAAACACCUGGUAAUCCAUUCUGGGACAGAACUGCACAUUCAGGAAAAGCCAUACGAAUGCUUGCACUGCGGCAGGAGUUACAAUUACAAACAGAACCUCAUUGUGCAUAGGAGAACUCACACUGGAGAAAAGAGAUUUAAAUGCACAGACUGCGGUAAAACCUUCAACACAAACUCUGAACUUACCAAACAUCGGAGAAUGCACACGGGGGAGAAGCCGUACAAGUGCUCCGAUUGCGGGAAAAGCUUUGCCCAGAGGGGAGGCCUGGUUGCCCACAAGAGGACCCACACGGGAGAGAAGCCGUACAAAUGCACCAUUUGUGGGAAAUGUUUUAGUCUGAGCUCUUGCCUGAUUAGACACCAGCAAAUCCACACGGGGGAGAAACCCUAUCAGUGCCCAGACUGCGGACAGUGCUUUACUCACAAAAGGAACCUUGUCAAACACGCUGGAAGCCACCAAGAAGAAAAACCAUAUAACAGCUCAGACUGUGGGAAAAGUUUUGGGAUAAGUUAUCACCUCAUUCAGCACCAGCAAAUCCACUCAGGGGAGAAACCAUAUACAGUGGUACCUCGGGUUAAG